UUCAGCUGUGACGUGGUGACGUCAGUGGUUGGAUUUCAGUUGGUGUGUUGGAGUUACUUUGAACUGGAACAGCGGAAACACACGCAACGGCCACGGACAGAGAGGACUGCUGAUGUUCAUCUGAAAACACUAUGAGUUUGCGAGAGAUCAGCGAGAACAUGAAACUGGCCCGUGAAUAUGCCUUACUGGGAAAUUACAGCUCCGCUAGCGUCCUCUAUCAUGGACUGCUAGAACAAAUCAAGAAGUAUGUGUACACGGUACGGGACAGCAGUUUCCAGCAGAGAUGGCAGCAGUUGUGGCAGGAAAUCAGUGAAGAGAAUCGACAAGUCCAGGAUAUCAUGUCCACUCUAGAGAACUUCCAGUUGGACACAACACCUGCUAAACCCAUUAACCACGAUGACUAUGAAUCAAGGCCUGUGCAUGUGGAGCCAAGACAUUCCCCUUGUCCAGUCAAGCGGCCCGCUAAUCCAUAUAAAGAGAGUAAACCUGCCAACAACCGUCUGAGCAUGGCAGUGAGGGCCCAGCAGAGGCACUCGCCCCGUGGAGCCAACGGGGACAAAAGCAGACCCUCCAAAGGCAAAGACAAGAAGGAGACGAAAGAGCCAAAGGAGGCAGCAGGCGCAAGUAAAGAGGAUAAGAACAAAGCAGAUGUCCAGGAGAAAGAGGUGAAGAAGUUUGAUGGGACAGGAUAUGACAAAGACCUGGUGGAAGCUUUGGAGAGAGACAUUAUAUCUCAGAAUCCAAAUGUUAAAUGGGAUGACAUUGCAGACUUGGAAGAUGCUAAAAAGCUCUUGAAAGAAGCAGUGGUGCUCCCAAUGUGGAUGCCAGCAUUUUUCAAAGGCAUUAGAAGACCGUGGAAGGGAGUGCUGAUGGUCGGACCUCCAGGUACAGGAAAAACACUUCUGGCUAAAGCUGUUGCUACAGAAUGCAGAACCACAUUUUUCAACGUCUCUUCAUCAACUCUCACCUCCAAGUACAGAGGAGAGUCUGAGAAACUGGUCCGCCUUCUCUUUGAAAUGGCCCGUUUUUAUGCUCCCACUACCAUCUUUAUCGAUGAAAUAGACUCCAUGUGCAGCCGCAGAGGAACCUCAGAGGAACACGAGGCCAGUCGACGAGUCAAAGCGGAGCUGCUGGUGCAGAUGGAUGGUGUUGGAGGAGCUUCAGAAAAUGACGACCCCUCAAAGAUGGUGAUGGUCUUGGCUGCCACCAACUUCCCCUGGGAUAUAGAUGAAGCUCUGAGGAGACGACUGGAGAAGAGGAUCUACAUCCCUCUGCCUUCAACCAAAGGCCGAGUGGAGCUGCUCAGGAUCAACCUGAAAGAACUUGAACUGGCCGAGGACGUGGACAUGGACAAGAUCGCAGAGCAGAUGGAGGGUUAUUCUGGAGCAGACAUCACAAACGUGUGCAGGGACGCGUCUCUGAUGGCCAUGAGGCGAAGGAUCGAGGGCCUCACACCUGAAGAGAUCCGGAACAUUUCCAGGGACGAGAUGCACAUGCCCACCACCAUGGAGGACUUCGAGUCCGCCCUGAAGAAAGUCUCCAAAUCUGUGUCUGCGGCGGAUCUGGAGAAGUACGAGAAGUGGAUCGAAGAGUUCGGCUCCUGCUGAAACAGACAAGACCACUAUCCUGUGUGUGUGUGUGUGUGUGUGUCUGUCUGUCUGUCUGUCUGUCUGUCUGUGUCUCUGUGUGUGUGUGUGUGUGUGUGUGUGUGUGUGUGUGUGUGUCUGUCUGUGUCUCUGUGUGUGUGUCCCCAUGUGGGUGACAGUAGGUGAAUAUGUGCACUUAAUCUUGUGUUUUUUUAAAUUCUAUAUAUUGUAUGUAGUGUCAUGUUGGUGGAUGAAAACAGUGGAUUUUUCCCAGGUGUUGGCAACACCUCCAUCAAACUGACAUGAUUACUGUAGUGUUAUUCACCAGUGUUGAACAUAUGAGAUGUGUAGCAGACAAACUGACAAACCUGAGGACACAGUGUGUCCUGUAGCAAACCCACACAAACACACACUGGAGUUUCCACUGAACGCCUCAGUGCCUUCUGCUGUCCUUUAUGGGACUCAGACAAACUCUGUCAUUUUAAUGCACUUAAUUUUACUGGGAAAUUCAAAGAUAACACUAAGAGAACAUUCCUAUGAAUAAAGCUAUUGUUUAUGAUA